CAGACAGCAGAGGAGCCUUCUGCCUGGGAAGAGCCCAGGGAGAGUGACAGGGAGGGGAAGCCAUAGCAGCAACAGCUUGGAGGAGGGAAGUAACUCUCCCUUGCCAGCACAACCUGGGCGAAAGGAACGCAGUGCUAAAGGAGACCUGCGGGCUCAGGGAGCCGCGGGGUUACUGCAAAGAGGGGCGGGGAGAAGGCGGAGGCGCUGCAUGCAGUGCGCUGGCUCCAGAGGUGCCCGCGGGGAAUGUGACAUCAGCGGGGCCCGGAGCUUGCGGCUGGAGCAGGCAGCUAGCCUCGGCUGCGCGGUGCACACCUCGCCCGGGGGAGGACACAGAGCCAGGCAGGCGGCCGGGAUGUCGGCGAAGGAGAGGCCAAAGGGCAAAGUGAUCAAGGACAGCGUCACCCUCCUGCCCUGUUUUUAUUUCGUCGAGUUGCCAAUAUUGGCAUCAUCUGUGGUUAGCCUGUAUUUCCUGGAACUCACAGAUGUCUUCAAACCUGUGCACUCUGGAUUCAGCUGCUAUGACCGGAGUCUUAGCAUGCCGUACAUUGAGCCAACCCAGGAGGCCAUCCCAUUCCUCAUGUUGCUUAGCUUGGCUUUUGCUGGACCUGCAAUUACGAUCAUGGUGGGAGAAGGGAUUCUAUACUGCUGCCUUUCCAAAAGAAGAAAUGGAGCUGGACUGGAACCCAACAUCAAUGCUGGGGGCUGCAACUUCAACUCCUUUCUCAGAAGAGCCGUCAGAUUCGUUGGUGUCCAUGUGUUUGGACUGUGCUCCACAGCUCUCAUUACAGAUAUCAUACAACUGUCCACAGGAUAUCAGGCACCAUACUUUCUGACUGUGUGCAAGCCAAACUACACCUCUCUGAAUGUAUCCUGCAAAGAAAAUUCCUACAUCGUGGAAGAUAUUUGUUCAGGAUCUGACCUUACAGUUAUCAACAGUGGCAGAAAGUCAUUCCCGUCCCAACACGCGACCCUUGCUGCCUUUGCUGCUGUAUAUGUGUCGAUGUACUUCAAUUCCACGUUAACUGAUUCCUCUAAGCUACUGAAACCACUCUUGGUCUUCACAUUUAUCAUCUGCGGAAUCAUCUGCGGGCUAACACGGAUAACUCAGUAUAAGAACCACCCAGUUGACGUCUAUUGUGGCUUUUUAAUAGGAGGAGGAAUCGCCCUGUAUUUGGGCCUAUAUGCUGUGGGGAAUUUUCUGCCUAGUGAAGACAGUAUGCUCCAGCAGAGAGAUGCCCUCAGGUCACUGACAGACCUCAAUCAAGACCCCAGCAGGGUUUUAUCAGCUAAAAAUGGUAGCAGCAGUGAUGGAAUUGCUCACACAGAGGGUAUCCUCAACCGAAAUCACAGGGAUGCAAGCUCCUUAACAAAUCUCAAGAGGGCCAACGCUGACGUAGAAAUCAUCACUCCUCGGAGCCCCAUGGGGAAGGAGAGCAUGGUGACCUUCAGCAACACUCUGCCCAGAGCCAACACACCCUCUGUGGAAGACCCUGUGAGAAGAAACGCGAGCAUCCACGCCUCCAUGGACUCUGCCCGGUCCAAGCAGCUCCUCACCCAGUGGAAGAGCAAGAACGAGAGUCGCAAGAUGUCCCUGCAGGUCAUGGACACUGAGCCCGAAGGUCAGUCUCCACCCAGGUCGAUAGAAAUGAGGUCCAGCUCAGAACCUUCGAGGGUGGGAGUGAAUGGAGACCACCAUGUGCCAGGCAAUCAGUACCUCAAGAUCCAGCCUGGCACUGUCCCCAGCUGCAACAACAGCAUGCCGGGAGGGCCACGUGUGUCCAUUCAGUCCCGACCUGGCUCCUCCCAACUGGUGCACAUCCCCGAGGAGACCCAGGAAAACAUAAGCACCUCGCCCAAGAGCAGCUCUGCAAGGGCCAAGUGGCUGAAAGCUGCAGAGAAGACGGUGGCCUGUAACCGGAGCAACAGCCAGCCACGCAUCAUGCAGGUCAUCGCCAUGUCCAAACAACAGGGUGUGCUGCAGAGCAGCCCCAAGAAUGCCGAGGGUAGCACCGUCACCUGCACAGGCUCCAUCCGCUACAAAACCCUGACGGACCACGAGCCGGGUGGCAUCGUGCGGGUGGAGGCCCACCCCGAGAACAACAGGCCCGUCAUCCAGAUCCCAUCCACUGAGGGCGAAGGCAGUGGCUCCUGGAAGUGGAAAGCUCCAGAGAAGGGUAGCCUGCGCCAAACCUAUGAGCUUAACGAUCUCAACAGGGACUCGGAAAGCUGCGAGUCCCUCAAAGACAGCUUUGGUUCCGGAGAUCGCAAGAGAAGCAACAUCGAUAGCAACGAGCACCACCACCACGGCAUCACCACCAUUCGAGUGACCCCAGUGGAGGGCAGCGAGAUAGGCUCAGAGACGUUGUCUGUGUCCUCCUCACGCGACUCCACCCUGCGCAGGAAGGGCAACAUUAUCUUGAUCCCCGAAAGAAGCAACAGCCCUGAAAACACGAGAAACAUCUUCUACAAAGGAACCUCCCCGACGCGGGCUUACAAGGAUUGAGCCCUUCCGCCAUCAUACGGUGACCACCACCACCCUCAAGACCACACGUUAAUUCUACCUGUGCUUUUUUUUUUUUUUUUUUUUUUUUUGGUUUUUGGUUUGGUUUUGUUGUUUCAGGAGGAUUUGGAAAGCCUUCUUGCCCAACCUGACUGUUCACCAUCAGCCCGGAACUCUCACUGAACUACCACAGAAAUUGUGGCAAUUUUUCACCAAGGGAAAAGCACAAAGCAAGACCCGGAUUAGUUUCAUCACCCGAAAGUUCUUAAAACCUGUCACUGAGGCUUCACAGAGGGCAGUAUUAAGGCAAAGCGGUUUGGUUUCGAACCAAAUUCUUUCGAUGUAUAGUAUUUAACUUUCUGAAUGUGCCAACAUUGAGAUUUUUUUCAUUAAAUUAGCUGUGGGAGCCCAAAACAUCAGGCUUUCCCUACAGAAGAGGCCAUGCAGUAUUAUAUAUUAUUCAUUGUUGCUGAAUCUGCACCAGAAGCGCAGUCUGGGAGGUGCUGAUUAUUGCAGUGCAUAUACCUUGUAGACUCUCAAACUCUACUUAGCUGUGAAAUAGUGGUGUGCAACCCCUCGUCAGAGAAAUGCUCCUCUUAUUCAGAAGAUGUGGUAGAAUAGGCCAUCCUCGGCUUCCCUGUAGUGGCUCUGUCAUAUUGAAAAAUGUUUUGAAAAAGGUUCUGAGCAUUUCUUUGAAAAAAUGCAUUUUUUAAAAACAUCUGAAACUCUGUAGGAAUGUUUUCAGUGAAAGGAAAUAACUAGUUAUCUGCACCAUUUUUCUGCUUUUUCUUUAAGUAUUGGUAAUACUUAUUUCUGGUAUUUUUAGUGAGUACAUUUGCAUACUUAAAACAUUGUUUUAGAGAAUAUUUUGAAAUUACUGUGAUUAUAUUUUCCAUUUUAUGGCUAUUCCUUAGUUUAUUAAGUGUUUUGAGGUUAUACAUAUAUUCUUCUAUUUAAAAAAAUAAAAAUGGCUAUUUACAUUCCUUGUGCAAACUACACUGCUGCGAAAUUAUAAACAAGAAAUCUGAGCCAAAAGUCGAGAUUGUGGGUUCCAUUGCCAGACAUAUAGGUCAGGUUCAAGAUGUCGCCAACCUGACGGCAUAGGUUAUGAUGUCAGUGAGUAAUCAGAAAAUUUCAUUUUAUUCCAGGGAAUUUCAUUUUUACGUUAUCUUCAUAGUAAAUUGAAACCGCAGUGGGGUGAGCUUGACUCUCUUCCCUGACGUAUUUAGAAUGAGACACUAAGAGUAAAAAUCUAGGCAAAUGCAAUUGAUAAAUAAAAGUGUGUCACAGUGUAAAUUCAAAAUGCGUAGGCACAGCUUUUGAUCUUAGACUGCAAUCAGAAGUUUUGGCUGCCUGUCUUGAAUUAAAAGCCUUGAGCCUAAAUUAAAGAAAACCAUAUGAUUGUUAGCAAGAAGAAUAUCAACAAAAUAUUGUGAAGUAUUUUUCCAAGUUAGAUAUUUAAAGUGUGGAGAGAUAUUUGGUUCUUUGAAUCUGGUAUUAAACAUUUCUAUGCCAUAUCUUAGGGAUUACAAUGUACACUUGAUGAUUGCCAAGAGGGGGAUAAAAUAGAAACAGCAGAGCUGGUCGAUCUGAACUCAGUGCAGUUUUCAAUGAGAACAACAGCUGUCCAGCAAGGACUCAUUCAUCCCAUCAUCAGUUUCCACAUGCAAAGGGCAGAGCUUUAUAAAGAACUCAACCUCCUAAGGCAUUAGGAAUUUAGAUGAAACCAGCAGAAUUGAAAACCCUGGCAAUAAAAUACAGACUCAACAAUAACCCUUCUGGCAGUUCCCUUCUCAGACAAGGAAGAGGGAGUAAAAUGUUGCCUUCCCCACUUCUUACAUCACCACCAUCACCGUGUCCCCCCGGCUGGCCUGGCCAGUUCCCAGAGGGAAGGGUGGAAUGGUUUUAGUACUCUGAAGAAAAACCAAGCUGCAGUAUUUGAGGUGCAGUAUGAUAUUUCCUAAUCUUUCCUAUUUCUUAACAAAAAGAUUUUAAAGUACUUCUCUAGUCAUUGGAUUUUUGUUCUUUACAUACUAUUGAUAUAUUCUUUUUCUACUCAAAGUGCCAAAGGCUACAGUUUUUAAUGACUUAACAAAUUGUACCACAUUGUUAAGUAAAUAUGAUAGACACUAGAAUUCAGACCUCUGCAUGUAUAUUUGAUAACGCAUCUUUUGUAAAAAAUAAAUAAUUACAAAAAGUUUGUUUACAUUCCACAGGUACCUUAAUUUAAAACAAAUCAGACUAGCAGGUGUUAUCUCUCCUUAGUGUUCUAUUUAUCUUAUUUGCUAAUGAGAGCACUUCUUCUUUUGUUAGGCUGUGCUUUAUUGAUAAAAUCAAGUAUUGAAUAAAGAGAGUUAAUUAUCUUUUUAAAGUAUAUAAAAUUAUGAAUAUAUAAUAUAUAUGAAGUAUUGUGUUUAAUAAAAUGUUAUGCAAUGUUUUCCAAACUGAUAAAGUUUGUAAAGUGCUAUAAAUGUAUUUUGUUAAGUACAGAUCAAAGCUAUCGUGUGAGUAUAUUGUGCUAACAUCAUAGAAAUAAAGAUUAGAUUUCUUCAUCAAAA